CAUUAUAUAAUAUGUGAACCUUUGGCAAGCCCACAUUUUUAGAGUAGUUUUACUUGUUUGGUGAUAGGACCCUUUUUUCUCAACUACGGUUUCCUCCCGGAGUUUGUCUUCUGUUUUUAGCAAGAGUUUUUCCGGUUGUAAUGUUGCUUGAAAUGAUAGUCGUAUUGUGGGUUUGUUUAUUUUCUUUGUUAUACUUUUUCCCAAAGCGAAAGAGUUUAAAUGGGUGUUGGAACGCAACGGCCGUGUCUCGAAUACUUGUCGUCGUUGCUCAUCCAGACGACGAAUGCAUGUUUUUCGGUCCGGCAUUGCUCAAGUGGCUGAAGUCAGGCUUUUACGUUUCAUUGCUCUGUUUAUCUUCAGGUAAUUACUACCAUCUGGGAGAUGUGCGCAAGAAGGAACUGGUAGAUAGCUGCAGUGAACUGGGAAUUCCAGCAACCAGGGUAACCAUAAUUGAACACAGAGAUCUCCCAGAUGACCCAGCAGUGGAGUGGAACAAAGAUGUGCUUUCAUCACUUAUCCUAAAGCACAUAGAGACAAAUGAUAUUAAUGUGGUGGUGACGUUCGAUGAAGGUGGAGUCAGUGCCCAUACUAACCAUGUAGCCCUUUACAGAUCUCUCAGGUCUCUGCAUUCUGCAGGAAAACUGCCUGAAGGGUGCUGUGUUCUUACUUUGGAAACCAUAAAUAUUUUAAGGAAGUAUAUAUCCUUCUUUGAUCUGCCACUCAGCUGGCUUCAUAGUGAGGAGAUCUUUUUUGCCCUAACUCUAAAGGAGUACAUUAAAGUCAAGAAUGCCAUGAAGUGCCAUAAAAGUCAGUUGCUGUGGUUCCGACACCUCUAUUUGCUGUUUUCAAGAUACAUGUUUAUCAACACUUUGCAUCUCAUGCCAAGAGAAGAUGGAAUAGUCUGUUGCAGGGAGAAUGUAAGCUGAUGCUUAUUGUUCAACAGACAUGGCAUGAUCUCAAUUCAUAGUACCUUUCUGCACAAUACCGAUAAGGAGAGCUGUCUUUUAUCAUACUUUUGGAGUCCUAAAGCAUCUUUUUAAAGGAAUAAGACAGUGGAGUCUUCAUUUGUGCAAGAGACAGCUUUUACUGACUUAUAAGCACUCUAGACAUUGUGCUAAACAUAGCAACAGUUGAUUGUGAUGAGAGCACCAGGAAGAUAACUAGUCUUUGUAAACUUCACAAAAAUCAGCAUUGUCAGUGCUGACUUUCGUAAGUACUGUAUUCUGUGAACUCGUCUUUGUAAACUUCACAAAAAUCAGCAUUGUCAGUGCUGACUUUCCUAAGUACUGUAUUCUGUGAAACUGACUUUUGUUUCUUCAGCUAGAUCUACUAAGUUCAUUCCUUAUGUUCUGAAACUGCACACCAAUAGUACGUUACUAUGCCUUAUCUUUAAUGAAUUCUAUGGUGCUCUUCACAAACUUUUCUACAUAAAUAAAAAAAAAUGCUGUUUAUCAUACCUGUUUUUUUAACAAUGCAUUCCUGCUUAAUCCUUAAUGUUUAAUACUGGAUUCUGUUCAGUUUUAGAAGCUUACAUUUUGAAUUGUAUGGUUAUUAGUUUUAUAAAUAUGGAGUAUUAUUAUUAUAUUUCAGUAUGUGCUGGAUAUACUGCAGAAGUUUCAUUUAAUAGUUAUUUGAAAUGACUGAUGUAGUUUUUUUAAUCAGGUUUUAUUCUAUUCCUGACUUCACACUGUCCAUUCCAAAAGUAAUCUGUUUCAGCUGUCCACGAAAAUGGAAGUAAAUUAAGGUUAAGUUUACUAUAGGUUUACAUUUUCUACAGGUUUGAUGUUUUACGCCUUUUAAGUUUUCCAAGAUUUAAUCUUCACUUAUUGAAUCUGCAGUACUAGGACGACUUUCUGAGCAAAGCAGUUAUAUGGCACUGGCAACAGCUGUGAGUAUGCUACAUGUGCAUGUGGUAAUUCCCCGUGAUGGUUAGUGGACAUUAUCAGCUGCCUUACAACUUUUGUUCUGGUAUUCCUACAGUUAAAGAUGUACACUGAAUGUUCAGUACACCAGGCUGUCUUUUCUCUCACUUAUUCUAAGACUGUGGUAUCACAAACAAGCCUACCUACGCUGCUGCUUGUUUUUCCUCUGUAUUACUGGUUGACUAGAAUUAUGGUUGAGGAACCAGUUGUGUAUUUUAGGGUAAAUCAUCCAGUAAUGGCUAUUCUUCUUUGAAAGCCUGGCUGUGUAGCUUAUAAGGAGUCAAGGACCCUUGGUGAGUGCAUUUUGGGAUCACUGAAUAUCUGCCCUUAUCUAAAAGGACAAAAGUAUACCAUCUUGGGAAUGAUGUUGCAUGACAUAACUAUUUCCAGUUCACUUCUUGCCAUUAUCCCUAAGGACUAUUCAAUUGCUGUCUGGAUAGAUCUGUCUUUGGGUAGGCCCAAGUAUAUCUCAUGACUAGAGACUUUAGGAGAAGGAUGAUGCUAGGCUUUUACUGGUGGUUAUUAGACAGUGUCUGCACAUGUAUAAAAGAGGGGGGGGGGAUGUACUGGCAUUUUUGUUUGAUGUUAUAGUGCUGAAAUUCUCUGUAAAAGACUGGGUAAACAAAUAAAUCAUAAACAGAAGUUGAA